UACAACCUGACCAUAAACAGAAAGAAGAAGAGUCACUGCAAAGACAGGCGUUCCUCUGCCAAUAAAGUCUCAUACAUACAUCAUAAAGUCACUCAAUUUGUCACUAGGAGGUUUGAAAAGAAUAGUAAUAAUACCUAAUACAGAUUUGAUCUAUAGCUAAGUCCCUAAAGCGGUCUUAAAAGUUGCCAGGCGAGCAAGUCGCUAAAUAGGCAGCACUGCCAAAACCUGCAACCAGACAGAGAAGAUGCCAGCAGCAGAGGAAUCGCAUGGUGUCAACAAAGUUGUGGACAACAUCUGUAAGCUUUCUCCAGAUGUGUUGGCUGAAGCAUGUCAGCACAUUCUGACAUAUCUUCAAGGACAAACUAAAGGAGUAGAUUCAGCUGAAAUUUCUCAGAAAUUUCAAAGAGCUGGAGUCAGACUUGACCAUGAAGCUCUACAGAACAUUAUCAGAUUUCUCCUGUUAACAUUCAGGUCAGCUGGGAAGAGCAACCUCUCUGGGGAUGACCUUGUGUCCAGGCUAGAAGAAGGCAGUAAAAAGUGGCCCAAAGCUUCCCUUCAGGUGUUGCAUAGGUUGUGGAGUGAACAUGGUGCAUUAGUCCAUGCUCAGCAGCAGGUCCAGGCCAUGCUCAGCAUCAGCCAGUUAGUGGACAUGCAGUGGAAGCUCGGCAUGGCAGUGAGCUCCGACACCUGCCGGUCUCUCAACUCCCCGUACGUGUCCCUACUGCUAAAGAUCGCUGAGCCCUCCGGGCAGAUUUGUCAGAGGUCUUUUGAAAUGACCAUUCCACAGUUCCAGAACUUUCACAAGCAGUUCAAGGAGAUGGCAGCCGUUAUGGAGACUGUGUGAUCGUUGCAAGUUCACCUGAGUUUUAGUCAAAAUGACACAACAGUUAACUUGUUACCCAACCGAAGAACUGCUUGACACAGGUGUGUGUCUUCUUGCUGUUUAACAACAUACCAAUUUUUCCAAAUGUCAAUUGUCUGAUUUUCCCUUUCCAUUUUAAACCGAUUGCAUAAUAAUGCAGUAACAAUCAUUAAAUGGAAACCUCCAGCAGCUUAGAGCACAAAAUCAAUGAAAUGCUUAGUGUCAGUCACUGUUUACCAUCCAACUAAUCUGUAAUGUAGGAUCCAGAAUAAAUUCUGACCUAACUUUUGGUAGUCUUGUAGUCUUAAUAUUGGUUCUAAUGGGGAGUCCACAGGCUCUGCAGCAAAUUUAUGGAUCCUUUGAUUAUCUGGUGUGCAGAUUGUCUUUGAUUCCAUUUUUAAAUGGAUGGAUCUCAUUAAUUUCCAUUUUCGCCACAAUCCAUUGUAGACAGUCAAUUCAAUACAAUGUCAACACUCAAAGAACAGAAAUACAACCACACAAUUUUAUCAAGUGGGGGUCUAUUUGAUGGCCUGCCCUGUGUUAUAUAAAGGUCCACAGUUGAAAUAUGUAUACGUCCUUGAGGUAUACACAUUUAAGUCCUCACCAGUACUGUGGGGUUUAGUAGGCUGCAGAACUCCAGUGGCUACUGCCUCGGUGAUGAGGUUAUAUAUGGCACAGUUUCUAUUUUGGGGAUAGGAGGAGUGCUUGGAAUUAUAGCAUUCAGUAGAUGGGAACUUCUGUAGUGCAUAAAGCAUAUCAGAUAGGAUUACAGCUUUCCAAGACUAUGAAUCAGCACAGCCUGCUUGUAAACAGUCAGGUGUGAACUGCCUUAGUGAAGUAAUGCAUAUUGUGCUGCCAACAUAGUAAUUGGCCAGGUCUAGUCUUCACCACUUCUGCACAUUUUACCAGGUGAAGGCUUUUGGUAGGUAGGAUGACA